AUGUCGACCCCCCGCAGCACCAAAUUUAAUACCAAAACCAGCUCUAGCAAUCCCAACAAAAAGUCCUCAUCAAGCACACAAAGAACCGCUCAAUCAAGCACAAACACACGCAGCACCAACCCCGGUCCUCCUGAACAAACUGAGGAACAAAAACUCGCAGAGACAAAAAAAUUAAACGCAGAUCUCGAUGCUCUGGAUAAGAAAUUUGAACCUUCUUUUCCGAAGAAAAGUCGAUUUGCGCAUGAGGAUUUAGAUUAUAAGAAAUAUAAUAUUGGGGGAAGUUCUUCGCCGGGGGCGCAGUUGGUUAAGGAGAUGGGGAGAAGUGAGGGAAAAAAGAGUGAUGGGCAAAGGAGAGGGGGGAGUGGUAGCGGGAGUGGGUCGGCUGGUAGUGGGAGAAAGUAA